UAUGUCUUCUUAUGCACCUUUAAACCUAAUCUUUGUUUUCUUAGUAUCAUUCAUUUUAACGAACAGUUCGACCUCGAUAGCCUUGCAUCAAACCACAAACAUAGGAGUGAUCAUCGACGAAGGUUCAAGAGCAGGGAAAGAACAAAAAGCCGCCAUUGAAAUCGCGGUUCAAAAGCUCAAUUCAGGUCCAAGAAACCACAAGUUGGCUAUUCAUUUCAAGAACUCUAAAGGAGACCCUCUUGAAGCUGCUUCUUCAGCGUGCGACUUGAUCGACAAACAAAACGUACAUGUAAUAGUCGGGGCGGAUACAUGGGAGGAAACCGCAGUAGUAGCAAAAAUAGGACAACGAGCUAAAAUCCCCGUUAUUUCUUUGAGUUCUGAUACUUUACAACCUCUAUCGCGCCUUCAAUGGCCUUUCUUGGUACAUAUGUCCAAUCUAGACAUGUCGGAUGAAAUAAAGUGCAUCGCGUCUAUCGUGCAAGCAUAUAACUGGAAACGAGUCAUCGUGGUUUACGAAGACAAUAUGUAUGGUGGUGAAUACCGGGCUGUUUCAUUAUUAUCCGAGGAACUUCAAAAGAUUGGUUCUUUUAUUGAACAAAGUGUGGUUGUUCCUCAUUACACUUCAUCAUUUGAUCCAAAGGAGACCAUUCUUGACAACCUAGUGGAUGUCCUUAAAACAAAGCAAUCAAGGGUUUUUAUCGUGUUGAAAUCAUCUUUACCCACGGCUACUCGGGUGUUUGAAGAAGCUAAUAAACUAGGACUAAUGGGGCGAGACUCGGUUUGGAUACUAGGAAAUAGUUUUUCUAGUUUUCUUGAUUCUUUAGAUCCGUCGGUUUUUAAGUUUAUGCAAGGUGCUCUAGGCAUGAAGACGUACUACUCUGACAAAAGCACGCAAUUUCUAGACUUCAAGUCUAACUUCAAGACGGUUUUUAGAUCAAACUAUCCGAAGGAAGAAAAAUUUGAGCCUGGGAUAUACGCUAUACGUGCAUAUGAUAGCAUAGAAACUAUCUCACUAGCUUUAGAUAAUUUAGGAAAUUUAAAUGACACUGAAAAGUUGAUGGAUACAAUUAUUGCAUUCAACAACUUCUCCCAUUUGACCGGUACGAUAGCUUUUCAGAACGAAAAGCUAUCAGAGUUGUUUCAACUUGUGAAUAUCAUUGGAAAAAGUUAUAAAGAUCUAGGGUUUUGGUCACCCGGGUCUGGUUUUUCAAACAGUCUUAGACUCGGAGGUGAACAAAGCGUAAGACAAUUAGCCGUAAACUGGCCGGGAGAUCUAAUAAACCGAAUUCCAAAAGGAUGGGCAAUGCCUAGCAAUGCUAAGAAAAUGAAGAUCGGGGUUCCGGAUGCCACGUCAUUCGAUAGGUUCGUGAAAGUGGAAUUGAUCGAGAGUACAAACGAGACCAAAUAUACGGGUUUUUGCAUCGACGUUUUUGAGUCUGUAGUCAAGGUUUUGGAGGAGAAAUACUACUACACGUUACCUUAUGAGUUUGUAAACCAUUCCGGCUCCUAUGACGAUAUGGUUGAUCAAGUAUAUUAUAAGAACUAUGAUGCCGCGGUUGGUGACGUUACGAUAUUGCAUAAUCGUUCGCGGUAUGUGGAGUUCACGCAACCGUUUAUCGAGUCGGGGCUGUCGAUGGUGGUGCCAGUGAAAUCGGAUACACAACAAGCAUGGAAGUUUAUGAAACCAUUCACGGUUGAGAUGUGGCUAGCCACAUUAAGCAUAUUGUUGUACACAAUGUUUGUGGUGUGGUUCAUGGAGCAUCAAGUGAACCGAGAGUUUAGAGGUCCAUGGAAGGAUCAGCUUGGAACCGCAUUGUGGUUCACCUUCUCUUCCCUUUUCUUCUCACAUAGAGAGAAGAUACAAAGCAACCACAGUAAAGUCGUGGUGAUGACAUGGCUCUUUGUGGUGUUCAUCUUAACCUCGUGCUACACGGCUAGCCUCACAUCAAUCCUCACAGUUCGUAUGUUAGAGCCAACGGUAAGAGAUAUAGAUUGGCUAAGGAAAACCAACGCACCCGUGGGAUGUGACCCUGAUUCGUUUGUGGGCGACUACUUAACCAAUGUUCUAAAACUGAAAAAUAUCAAAAACGUAUCACGCCAAGACGAAUAUCCAGAUAACUUUAAGAAUGGAAAUAUAAGUGCCGCUUUUCUCGAGCUUCCUUAUCAAAAGUACUUCCUUAACGAGUAUUGUAACGAGUACACCGCCGUCGGCCCUUCAUACAAAUUCGGAGGCUUAGGCUUUAUUUUCCCAAAAGAUUCUCCUAUAACCGACGAUGUCUCGGGAGCCAUUUUAUCCCUCAUGGAAGACGGCAAGAUUCGCGAGAUAGAAAACGAAUGGCUUGACGCCCCUCAAACUUGCUCGAGUUCCAAUCCCGGGUUGGAAACAGAAAGACUUACACUCGCUAGCUUUUGGGGAAUAUUUCUCAUCUCGGCACUCGCUUCAACGCUAAGUUUACUAAUUUUCCUUUAUCGGCUGCUCCAUAACCAAAUCGAGCAACGGAUUAUUAGCUUACAUGGUCCUCGUUGGAAUAACGAGAGCCGUUGGAGAAAAGCAGUCAGAAUUGUUCAAAUCGUGCUUAGCUUGAACCGUAACCAAAUCCAACCAAGAGAAUCGACGAACGAAUGGGCUCAGCAGACUCCGCAUAGAUGGGAAUCGGUGAGUCCCACAGAGGUCCCUGAGCAUUUGGAAAUUGGCAGGCCUACUCAACUCGAAAUUCCCAUGAGAAAAAUGGAUCAAAAUUAGUUUUGUAAAAAUACCUUUCUAGUUUGUAUAUAGUAAUAGUACAUACUUUUAUAAAGUUUUAUAUGUCUGUAUACUAGCCACUUCCAAAAAAAAAUGGGCACAAAACCAUACACAUUAAACUACAGGGCUCAGACCAUAGAUCCAAUAACAAUUUCUGACG